AUGUCGUACACUAAGUUUGUAGCAGCUCUUGUUCGUGCCAACUCGGGCAAAGUCAGGAAUAUACGCAUAUCAACCGGAAGAUGUCGGUCAACAGUGGCAUCCACCAAGAGACGAGAAGAGAAAGAUCAACAGGUCGAUGGGUGCAGCGUGGUGGCAGCUGUGCCGGUUGAACUCAUCAGCGAGAGCAAAAAUGUUAAAAACAAGAAGUUAAAUAACAUCCACAUUGACUUCGACAAUACGGAGGAAGCCUACAAAAGCAAAGAUAACAUUGAACUGCUUCGAAGUCUGCUGGUCUUCAAGCUUUGCACCAUUGACGUCCUCGUUGAUAAGAACAAAGAGUUGAUAGCUCUGAGUAGGAAGGUGUUUGGUCAGUGGAUGUUUGAGAAGCUGAUGAAGUUGACCUUCUAUGGUCAGUUCGUGGCAGGGGAAGACCACAACUCCAUCAAACCUUUAAUUCAGAAGAAUCAAGCCUUUGGUGUGGGAGCAGUUUUGGACUAUAGUGUUGAAGAGGACUUGACACAAGAGGAGGCAGAGAAGAAGGAAAUGGAUGCAUGUGUUUCUGAAGCAGAGAAAGGAAGUCCAGGUGCUGAUCAUCGUGAGAAGAAGUACAAGGCCCAUCGUCAGUUCGGCGACCGGCGUGGAGGGGUUACUAGUGCUCGUACAUACUUCUAUGCAGAUGAGUCCAAAUGUGACAACCAAAUGGAGACGUUCAUCAACUGCAUUAAAGCCUCUGGGGGAGCGUCAGCAAAUGGAUUUUCUGCCAUCAAAAUGACCGCUCUCGGGCGGCCACAGUUCCUUCUCCAGUUUUCAGAAGUCCUGGUUAAAUGGAGACAUUUCUUUAACUUCCUCGCAGCACAACAGGGGAAAUCUGAAAUGAUGGUUUUGGAACAAAAGCUGGAGCUGGAACAACUCAAGGAAAGUUUGACUAAGAUGGGCGUUGGAGCCAAGGAUGACAUCGAGAAUUGGAUUACUGGGGAGAAGCUGGGUCUCUCGGGAGCGAUAGAUCUGCUGGACUGGAACGGUUUGAUAAAUGACACAACAGCAAUCUCCAAUCUGCUUAUGGUGCCAAACCUUGCUAAAGGUCAUCUGGAACCUCUGUUGAACAAGUUUACAGCCGAGGAGGAGAGGCAGAUGAAGAGAAUGCUACAGAGGCUGGACGUCCUCGCCAAGCACGCUAUGGAGAAUGGGGUGAGGCUAAUGGUGGACGCCGAGCAGACGUACUUCCAACCAGCUAUUAGUCGACUGACCCUGGAAAUGCAGAGAAAAUUCAACACAGAAAAGCCAAUCAUAUUCAACACUUACCAGUGUUACCUCAAGGAAGCCUAUGACAAUGUAACUAUGGAUGUUGAGCUGUCACGACGGGAAGGCUGGUACUUUGGUGCCAAACUGGUUCGUGGAGCCUACAUGUACCAAGAGAGAGACAGGGCCAAAGAGAUUGGCUACGAAGACCCGAUAAACCCAGAUUAUGAGGCGACCAACAGGAUGUACCACAAGUGUUUGGAGUAUGUGUUGGAGGAGAUCGAACACAGCAGGAAAGCAAAUAUCAUGGUUGCAACUCACAACGAGGACACAGUGAAAUAUACCCUUGAAAAAAUGAAUGAGAUGGGCCUUUUACCCACGGAAAAUAAAGUUUACUUUGGACAGCUGCUGGGCAUGUGUGACCAGAUUAGCUUCCCGCUAGGUCAAGCAGGUUUCCCAGUCUACAAGUACGUUCCCUACGGCCCCGUCAACGAGGUCAUUCCUUAUCUGUCCCGCCGCGCUCAAGAGAACCGUGGCUUCAUGAAGGGAUCCCAGAGGGAGCGCAGCCUCCUGUGGACGGAGCUGAAGCGCAGAGUGCUGGGUGGACAGAUUUUCUACAAACCUGUGUACUGAGUCACAGGAGCUCAACAUACUAACUGCAGUGUGUCUUUAAGCAUUCCACCGGCUUUACCUGCUCACGGCUCUUUGUAGAGGAAUGUUAAUGUCCCCGUAUGGAGGAAGGUUUUGCAGUUUUACUGACAUUUGCAAUAGAGAUUCAUUUUUCUUUUAGCAGUAUAUUUAAUACAAACGUGUUUAAAGCACCGCCAUAAUGACGCAUUGUUUAGAUACAUGUGAGGCUCCAUUAAGAAGUGAGGAUUGUUUUUUUUGUCUCUAAAUCAGAAUUGGUUUAGAGGCUCAGAAAGGUAAAUUGAGUAUGAAUAGCUAACUUGUAUAUCUAUAUAUCUAUAUCUAUAUAUCUAUAUAUCUAUAUAUCUAUAUAUCUAUAUAUCUAUCUAUCUAUCUAUCUAUAU